AUGGACACUUACACCUUCGCAACCUCCGCUCAAGUGGACCUACCAAUCAGUCUGAAGAUAUGUAACUUGGAAGGAAAACAAAAACCGAUACCUUUCUCCGUCUUAAUUAAAAAUCCCGAACUUCGACACCUAGGGUCAAACCAGAGCCCGAUAUCCGACCUUUUCAUUACGGUACAACUAUGGGCUAGCUCUAAACCUCUAGGUGUUCCGAUUCAGACGGCAUAUAAAGCAUUUAAGACAAGCCGUACAUGGAAUGAAUGGCUUACAAUGCCAGUAUCCAUUAAAGAUGCACCGAUCAAUAGCCAGUUAGCAAUCACCGUUUGGGAUUUGUCACCCUUGGGCGGAGUCGAUGCUCACGGCCAUUCCGUCCCUUUUGGUGGAACAACCAUAUCAUUAUUUGAUGACGACGGUACUCUGAAAAAGGGUAGACAGAAGUGCAAAAUCUACCGGCACAAGGCCGCGGAUGGGCUUUCCAACACCACGACACCGUCCAAACCAGCGCAAAAACGUCGCCUCCCUCCCCAUACAGAUCAUGGGCCUACCCCCGAGGAAGAGGAGUUAGAGCGCCUGGAAAAGCUCCUAAAGAAACACGAGAUGGGCGAGAUACCCCGGGUUGACUGGUUGGAUCAGUUAGUAUUUCGAGCUGUAGAGAAGAAAAAAUUGGAUGCCGAGGAAUCUGCAAAAAAGAGGGCAAUACGCAACCAAGCUGCCAGGGCAAAAGUCCCAGUCAAGAGAAGUGGAAAGCCAGACAGCCUUGAUGACGACUGGGAGGAAGAUCAGAUAAAUGAUCACGAAGAGAACUUCGUUCUCUAUAUCGAAUUCCCACGCUUUGAUUUUCCGCUCGUUUUCGAAGACUUCGAAUACCCUCGCCCACCGAUAUCUUCUUAUUCCCAGCAACAACUAUCGGGCUCUAAUUCGACCCUCAAACCUCCUCCGGAAGUCCGUUUGGGGCCUGAUAUAGAUGGCGCAGCUAAUGAUGACGAUGAACAUAGGAUAAUUAGAAUAUAUGACCCAGAGGUUGGCCAGAAAUGGAACCCCUGCGAAGACAAGCAUCGAAGACUAGUUCGUAGCCACCGGACGGGAAUCAUGGAUCGCGACCUCAAGCCCAAUCCGAAGAUCCGUGAUGAAUUGAAUGAAAUCAUGUUGUACGGACCUACACAAGAAUUGAACUCUGAGGAGAAAGACCUUGUCUGGAAAUUCAGACACCACCUCACUCGCGAUAAGAGGGCCAUGACUAAGUUCGUGAAAUCAGUCAAUUGGCAAGAUAUCGGCGAGGCUCGGCAGGCCGUGGAAAUUCUUCCGAAAUGGACUGAAAUUGAUGUAGACGAUGCAUUGGAACUUCUCGGACCGACGUUUGAUAACCCAGCAGUUCGUGCAUAUGCGGUGGAACGGUUGAGGAAGUCCGAUGACGAAGAGCUCCUCCUGUAUCUCCUGCAGCUAGUACAAGCCUUAAAGUUCGAGGCAAUCCCUCAUGGAGGUGCUGAAGAUAUCACACAAGAUUCUUCUUUAACCAAUUUCCUCAUCACUCGGGCUGCGAACAACCCCCUCCUUGGAAGUUAUUUUCAUUGGUACCUUAUGGUUGAGUGUGAUGAUGCUGGUCCAAGCACUAUUUCCGUCCAUCGCAAACUAUUCGCCCGCGUUGAGUAUUACUUCAUGAUCGAGCUGGAGAAACACCACCCUGAACAGAGGAAGUCUUUGUUACGGCAAGGUGAACUAAUUACAAUUCUAUCCAAAAUCGCCAAGGAUAUUCGCUUCUCGAGGGAUAACCGUGCUGUCAAGAUUGAAAAGUUGAAGAAAUUUUUGCUGGACCCCAAAAACGAGCUUGCUACCAUUGACCCUCCUCUACCACUUCCAUUAGACCCGGAAAUUCUGAUCACUGGUUGCUUUGCUGAAGGUUCUAAUGUUUUCAAAUCCUCCCUCUCACCUCUGUUGAUCAACUUCAAACUCUCUGAUGGACGAAAAUACCCUGUAAUUUUUAAGGUCGGAGAUGACCUUCGACAAGAUCAGCUUGUCAUCCAAAUUAUCAGUCUUAUGGAUCGUCUGCUGCAAAAGGAAAACUUAGAUUUGAAACUUACCCCUUACCGCAUAAUUGCUACCAGCGCCAAUGCCGGUGCGCUGCAAUUUAUCCCCUCGACAUCCCUAUCAGCAGCUUCCGCUAAAUACAAGGGAUCGAUCCUUGCAUAUUUAAGAGCGAACAAUCCGGACGACAAGGAGCCAUUGGGUGUCCGUAAAGAAACGAUGGACACUUACAUAAAAUCCUGCGCCGGCUACUGCGUGAUUACUUACCUUCUUGGCGUAGGCGAUAGACAUCUAGACAACCUCUUGCUUGCACCGGAUGGACAUUUCUUCCACGCCGAUUUUGGGUUCAUUCUUGGCCGUGACCCGAAACCGUUUGCUCCCAUGAUGAAGCUCUGCAAAGAAAUGGUGGAAGGUAUGGGUGGAGCGUCGUCACCCAACUAUCUCCUAUUUAAACAAUAUUGUUUUACUGCAUACACCACGCUUCGGAAAUCUGCAAACCUCAUCCUUAACCUGUUCAGUUUGAUGGUCGAUGCGAAUAUCCCCGAUAUCCGCGUCGAACCAGACAAGGCUGUUCUGAAGGUGAAGGAGAGAUUCCACUUAGAAAUGAGUGAAGAGGAAGCAAUCCGUCAUUUCGAGCAGCUCAUCAGUGAUAGCGUGAACGCUAUUUUUGGAGUCGUCAUCGACCGUAUUCACGAUUUCGUCCAGGGAUGGAGGGCAUAA